AUGUUUUAUGCUUCAGAUCAGACAAAUGAAGAGCGAGAGUUGGACAAGGAAGAAAAGAAGAGGUACCUCAUAAGGAAGCUGAGCUUCCGGCCAAGCAUUGAGGAGUUGAAGGAAAGAAAAAUCAUAAAGUUCAACGACUAUGUUGAAGUCACUGAUGCAGAGAUGUAUGAUCGUCGUGCAGACAAACCUUGGACCAGACUGACGCCUAAAGAUAAGACUGAUGGACUUAAUUCUGUCUGUGGCCCUCCAUUCAGUAUACUGACAAUUGUUGCUCUCCUGGCUGACAGGCAACAAUCACGCAAGGAGCUGAAUGAGUUCAAGAGUAAAGAAAUGGAGGUCCAUGAGGAGAGCAAGCACCUCACAAGAUUUCACCGACCUUGA